GGCAGAUCUCACUAAUAAUGUUAAAGUGCCACCUCAUUCUGAUCACUUGUUCACAGUUAUGUGAGAUCCUAUAUCAGGAUUGAGGCAGGACAUUAGAUGUAAUACUGUACAAAUAGAACACAAUUACUGAGCGUUCUCAAUAAGCAACACCUGCCUCCAACUAAUAACAGCUGUACCCCCUUGAUUAUUUUUUACAGGGUCAUCAGUGACUUGUUUUCUCACUAGAUACGUUGUCUUUUUUUGCUUGCAGUUGUCAGAGGUAUUUGUUGCCAGCUGUUGCUGAAGUUAUGGAUUUUUUGAGAUUGUUGCUGUUGUGCCAACUAUUGGUUGGAAGGUGUCAAAUAAAAGCCUACCAAUUUGGAUCUGCUGAGAAACAUGGAGAAGAUGUGUUCAGUGCCUCUGAACCCUGGUUUCCUGUGGAGCCAGUAUAUCCAAUAGGAGGACCAGUGGAUUCUAGCUACCCACCCAAGCUGCCUCAGAAUUAUGGAUCCCUCCAGCCACUUCCUGUGGAGCCAGUCUACCCAAUAGGAGGACCUGUGGAUCCUAGCUACCCUCCCAAGCUGCCUCAGAAUUAUGGAUCCCUCCAGCCAUUUCCUGUGGAGCCACUCUAUCCAAUAGGAGGUCCAGUGGAUUCUAGCUACUCACCCAAGCUGCCUCAGAAUUAUGGACCCCUCCAGCCACUUCCUGUGGAGCCAGUCUAUCCAAUAGAAGGUCCAGUGGAUUCUAGGUACCCACUCAAGCUGCCUCAGAAUUAUGGACCCCUCCAGCCACUUCCUGUGUUGCCAGUCAACCCUAGCCAUCACUCUAAAAUGGCUCAGCAUUCUCAAUACCCUCCAUUUCCUGUAAAGAUCCAACAUUCAAAGGGGAGUCAGGUGCAGCCCAGAUCCACAAUUCAUCUUGAGGCUGAGAGGAUGGAACCCAUGCAUCAUUCUCGUAGUCUAGUGGGGUUUGGAGAAUUUCACGUGCCUCCAAAGCAUGUUCCCUUGCCUGAGCAGCCACACUACAAAGCUAAGCAACCAGGUGAGGGUUUCAAGUGGCCUCACAAGCCCCGUUAUAUGGCCAAACAUCUGUCCCAGAAGCAAGUGCUGUAAAGUGCUGCAUGUUGGGAGUUCAAAAUGUCUUUUUCACAGUGAUACUAACAAUAAC